AUGGCCCAGUCUAUUAUGGAGAGAGACAUGGUGGCUAGACGUGCACAGCUGGCCUCGCAGUCGGGUGGCGCAGUCGUCUCUCUUGCCCCCGAUGGAAUCCACCUUCAAGCCACGGAAAAUGGUUUCCUCUCUCCUUGGGUGUGCAUCUCGCAUGGUACAUAUAAGCACGAUGUGGCCUUCAUGGAGUCGCGAGAGGACUCUCUCCUCCGCAUCUGGGUGGUUCUGCGCUUGCCUACUACAAAAAAGCGGCAGCACGGAAGAACUUCUCAGCAACUGAUGCCGCCAGCAUUACUGAAGGAGUUGUUCAGAGAGGCUGUGACAGAAAGCGAAGGUGAUCGGCUGAUACAUAUUCUCAAGGGCAAGAAGUUCAAAGGCGGCCUCCUGCAGCUCGAACUCACUUUGGACCGGGUGACUUUCGAUGUCCACGCGACUCGAAAUGACGUAUUCGUCUUUAAUGCGGCAAAAUUCGUGCCAAAGACAGCGAUAGCGAAGCUCAUUCUAUUCUGUGUUGACUUCAAACCGGCUGCAGGCACGCGUGUGAUCAUUAUACAGGGCGAGCAAUGCGGCCUCAUCGGUGUCGUGCAUUCAGUCAUUAAUGGACAGGCUACGCUAACCAAUCUCUACCACGAGAAGUUGGAUGACGAACUUUCAUCUCUCGUGCUACCUGUAACUCAGUUACACCCCCUUUGGGCAGUUGGCGAUGCGGUCAAAGUUAAGACGGGCCUCCAUGCGGGCUUGGAAGGGCAAGUGAUUGCCGUGGAUGAUUUCGAUGUCACAAUUGUUCACACGAACAAAGUCGAGCGAACUAGAAACCCAAUAAUGGGAGUCUUUCAUACUUCUUCUGUGUUGGAAACCUCUGAGCAUCAUGUGUUACCCUGGGAUCUCUUACUCCAGAGUCUGAGGCGGAAUGGACCUCAAUACAGCCAGGAAGAGGUGGAGAUGGAGCUUGCCCUCAAGCAUCCUGACCGACAGAAUCCCAACAUCGGGCGAGUGGUGCGUGUCAUCAAAGGCCCUUUGAAGGGAUUUGUGGGCACAUUGCGAAACAUCAUGUACCACGGCGAUUAUGAGGUUGAGCUUGAAGCCAAGCUUUUAACCUCGAGGGGCGUCCUCUUGUUCCGAAAGCCCAAGAUCGCAUUCCGGUCAGAAGAAAGGGGCAACAUCGACACAGCGGAGCGUGGUCCGCUCCCUGAGCGGCCUCGGACCCCAUUGGGCCACGAAUUAGAACCCACAUCACACGACACAGAUUCGGCGUGGGGGUAUUCGGUGAAACUUGAUGGACCCGAUGGAUUGACAUCUUCAGUCGAACCUAAUGGACCCAAUGGAUGGAUGCUGGAUGCGGCUGUGGCACCUGUGUUCCAUACUUAUCGCUUCAAGUUCAUGUGCACAGCCGGUCAACUCCAAGACAAGCUGAUGACCACGGUGAAGGGAGCCUCCCCAGUGGACGGUAAGGUGUGA